AUGCCUAGGACGCUUGAAAGUGGACGUAUACAUGAACGUUGUGUGUACGCUGGUGAAUCUACGACUACCUACGUUACUGAGGAUGGACCAUGGCCUACGCGGCUGGCGAAUGUCGUCAUCAAGAAUGUGAAGGCUCACAAGAGGGUCAUAGAUUUCCUUCCUAGAGGAGGAUCGAUCACAAUCCUCACUCCUGAUUAG